AAAGUGAUGAUGCGAAUUUGAUUGUUACUUCUAACAUGAGGCGUAUUAUUCACAUGAUGAUACAAGCCCACCGAUUAAACGCUACAGAAUAACCAAAAGUCCAAAACUGUCAAUCAAAAAACCAACUUGGCUUUAUACGAGAUUCUUUAAGUAUAAAGGAGACUAAGGAAUAAAGUGGAAAAUGUCCAAAUAUUAAUCCUUAAGAAAUGACCAAGUCCUUCUAGCCCCUUCAAGAACUCCCAACAGGCCAAAAAAACCAGUAUAUACUAGCUCCCCCAAAAACAUAACCUUAGAAAUCCAAGCCCACAUCCAACAACCGAAACCAAAAAAACUCUAAUCAUUGUAGUUUGAAGCACCAGUCAAACCAUAUCAUUCAUUCCUCUGUUACUUUUUUUUUGUUGCAUUUAAGUCUUGUCAUCUGUUUGAAGAAGAAGAAGAAAACAUAUAUCAGAAGAAAUGGCGGUGGCAACAUCCAAGGGAAACCGUACGGUUGGAAUUGGAAUGGAUUAUUCCCCGAUUAGUAAAUCUGCACUUCGUUGGGCGAUUUCUAACUUGGUUGACGAAGGAGACGUUCUCAUCAUCAUCCAUGUUGUUUCACCUAAGGUUGACACUGCUAAUAAGCAGCUGUUUGGAGACACUGGAUCACCCCUGAUACCGCUGGAAGAAUUCAGAGAAAUUAAUGUUUCUUUGAAGUAUGGACUUACUCCUGAUCCUGAAGUUCUUGAUUUGCUUGAUUCUGUUUCCAGGACCAAAGGGGUACAGUUUCUCUGUUUUCUGUUUUAUUUUAUUAUUUUUUUGUUUAUAAUUCAGUCACAAAGAUCAUUUCCUAGAGGAGUUAAAAGUUGUUGGGGUUGAUGGAAUUGCAGGUGAAAGUAGUGACAAAAGUAUACUGGGGGGAUCCAAGGGAGAAGCUGUGCCAGGCAGUGGACCAUCUUAAACUGGAUUCACUUGUUGUUGGAAGCAGAGGUUUGGGAACCAUCAAAAGGUAAUUCAAGAAUCAUGAUUACCUCCUCUGUUGCAGAAUUUUUUGUUACUCGAUUGAUUCUCAAAUUUUUAGUAUUUCCAUCAAUCAAUCAUGAAUAAUAAAAGGAAACUGGAAAAUCUAAACUAAUAAUUUAUAAAGAUAUGAUCUUUUUUUGUCCACUUAAUUGAGUAAUCAAAUAUGAAAAUUAAUCGCAGGGUGUUGCUUGGAAGUGUAAGCAACUACGUGGUGCAAAAUGCAACCUGCCCUGUUACAGUUGUUAAAGGCCCCGUCUCAUCCAAGCCAUAGGUUCUUAAUGUCGUCUCUCCAAGACAAAAAUGGUGUCAUAAGUUAUUUGGUGUAAGCUAUAUCCGUUAUCCGCAAUGCGACAAGCCGAAAAAAUGAAGAAGAAUCAUGCGGCAGAAUGGUGCCAUGUUUUAUUUGCUUAUUAUUUUUGAGAGCUUUGUCUGUCAGCACAAAGUGCUUGUUAUGUGUUAAGCGUCGUAAAAGAAGAAGGUUUUGCAAUCAGAAUUUGAGGUCUACUAUGAUUUGAAUUUGAGAAAUUUUGAGUGGUAUGUAUGUAUUGGUGACUUUGUAGAAAUUGGAGCUGUGCAUUUUGGCCUUCAUUUAUCAUUUGUUUGUUCUUCACUUGUGAUUUUGUAUGUAACAUAAGAAUUGAUUCUGCUUUCUGGUUUCAUGGAUUUGUGGAUGUAAUUGAGUGAAUGAAUGGUCUCCAUUACCGCAGUAAAAUUACAAUUCCCUUAGACUAA